AUGAAUUGCAAAUAUAAAAGCGGAAAUUAAAUUGGGCAUGAUGGAGCUUCUACUAUUGGUGCAGCACUUGGUAACUUCAAGUUCCUAACUAAUCUCAAAUUUUACAUUUGGUGCAAUGAAAUCGGUGAUAAAGGAGCAUAAAAUAUUGGAUUAGGUUUGAGUAACUGCACUCAACUUACAAAUUUAGAAUUUGACAUAAGAUACAAUUAAAUUGGGCAUGAUGGAGCUUCUACUAUUGGUGCAGCACUUGGUAACUUCAAGUUCCUAACUAAUCUCAAAUUUGACAUUUCAAGGGAAGGGUCACCUACACCCUAAUGGCAUUUCUACUAAUCUUCCAUGAUUUGGCUACUCAUUAUGCUCGCUUCCCAUUUGUAUUCCAGAUCUUCUGUUCAGAAUGGGGCCUCCUCUUUACCUCCUAUCAGAUUUGGCCCUUCCCUCCUACCAAGGAGACCGCUGGUAACAUUCACAUUUUUACAUGGAAUUUUUCGAAAUAAAGGGGGCGGUAUAGGAUUCGAACCCCCGAUAUCACUGCUAAGACCCUCCGACUCGCCCACUCGAGCCGCUUAGCCCUUCGAAAUCGGUGAUAAAGGAGCAUAAAAUAUUGGAUUAGGUUUGAGUAACUGCACUCAACUUACAAAUUUAGAAUUUGACAUAAAAUACAAUUAAAUUGGGCAUGAUGGAGCUUCUACUAUUGGUGCAGCACUUGGUAACUUCAAGUUCCUAACUAAUCUCAAAUUUAACAUUUCGUGCAAUGAAAUCGGUGAUAAAGGAGCAUAAAAUAUUGAAUUAGGUUUGAGUAACUGCACUCAACUUACAAAUUUAGAAUUUAACAUAAGCGGAGAUAAAAUUGGGAAUGAUGGAGCUUCUACUAUUGGUGCAGCACUUGGUAACUUCAAGUUCCUAACUAAUCUCAAAUUUAACAUUAGGUGCAAUGAAAUCGGUGAUAAAGGAGCAUAAAAUAUUGGAUUAGGUUUGAGUAACUGCACUCAACUUACAAAUUUAGAAUUUGACAUAAGAUUCAAUUAAAUUGGGCAUGAUGGAGCUUCUACUAUUGGUGCAGCACUUGGUAACUUCAAGUUCCUAACUAAUCUCAAAUUUGACAUUUCGGGCAAUGAAAUCGGUGAUAAAGGAGCAUAAAAUAUUGGAUUAGGUUUGAGUAACUGCACUCAACUUACAAAUUUAGAAUUUGACAUAAGCUACAAUUAAAUUGGGCAUGAUGGAGCUUCUACUAUUGGUGCAGCACUUGGUAACUUCAAGUUCCUAACUAAUCUCAAAUUUGACAUUUCGGGCAAUGAAAUCGGUGAUAAAGGAGCAUAAAAUAUUGGAUUAGGUUUGAGUAAUUGCACUCAACUAACAAAUUUAAUUUUUAGCUCAGAUAGAAAUAAAAUUGGUGAUGAAGGUGCAUCAGGCUUAGGUUCAGCUUUAGCAAAAUGCAUUAAUCUCUCAAAUUUGACACUUGACCUUGGUAAAAAUUAAAUUGGUGAUGAAGGUGCAUCAGGCUUAGGUUCAGCUUUAGCAAAAUGCAUUAAUCUCUCAAAUUUGACACUUGACCUUGGUGAAAAUUAAAUUGGUGAUGAAGGUGCAUCAGGCUUAGGUUCAGCUUUAGCAAAAUGCAUUAAUCUCUCAAAUUUGACACUUAACCUUGACGGAAAUUAAAUUGGGCAUGAUGGAGCUUCUACUAUUGGUAAAACACUUGGUAACUUCAAGUUCCUAACUAAUCUCAAAUUUAACAUUUCGUUCAAUGAAAUCGGUGAUAAAGGAGCAUAAAAUAUUGGAUUAGGUUUGAGUAACUGCACUCAACUUACAAAUUUAGAAUUUGACAUAAGAGGAAAUUAAAUUGGGCAUGAUGGAGCUUCUACUAUUGGUGCAGCACUUGGUAACUUCAAGUUCCUAACUAAUCUCAAAUUUAACAUUUCGGGCAAUGAAAUCGGUGAUAAAGGAGCAUAAAAUAUUGGAUUAGGUUUGAGUAAUUGCACUCAACUAACAAAUUUAAUUUUUAGCUCAGAGUAAAUUUGA